UUUUAACAUAAUUAAAUGUCAUCAAUCACAAUUCUAUAUUACUUUCUUAGUUUUGUUUUCACAAGUAUUUAAUACUUAAUCGGUUUGAAAAGACGGAAAUAUAAAAGUUCAUAUUAUAACUAGGUGAUUCAUAAAUUUAUAUUUUAUAUCCUGUUCUGAGUGAACUCUGUCUGAAGACUUUGCCGUAAUAUUUUAUUCCAAAACGCUUUAAAAAGGAAGUUAUGGAGUGGUUGUUUGGACACCGAAUGACGCCGGAGGAGAUGCUGCGUAAAAACCAACGCGCAUUGAACAAAGCCAUGCGCGACCUUGAUAGAGAGCGUAUGAAGAUGGAACAGCAAGAGAAGAAAGUGAUUGCUGAUAUUAAAAAACUGGCUAAGGAAGGACAAAUGGAUGCUGUUAAGAUAAUGGCAAAAGAUCUUGUCCGCACACGGCGAUAUGUUCGCAAGUUCAUGAUAAUGAAAGCAAAUAUCCAGGCUGUUUCUCUUAAGAUACAGACACUAAAGUCUCAGAGUAGUAUGGCUCAAGCAAUGCGUGGUGUCACCCGGGCUAUGGCGACAAUGAACAGACAACUAAAUGUGCCUCAAAUACAGAGAAUUCUUCAGGAGUUUGAGAAGCAGUCUGAGAUAAUGGAUAUGAAGGAAGAGAUGAUGAAUGACUCCAUCGAUGAGGCCAUGGAGGGUGACGAUGAUGAAGAGGAAAGCGAUGCAGUUGUGUCGCAGAUCCUGGACGAACUCGGGCUCCAGCUUAACGACCAGCUUUCUGGCCUUCCGCAGGCGACCGGCUCCCUUGCUGUCACCGCGAAAACGCCGGCGAGCCCGACGGCGGCGGCGGCGGCAGGCGGCGGGCCGGCGGGUGGAGGUCUGAGCGACGCCGACGCCGAGCUUCAGGCGCGUCUCGACAACCUUCGCCGCGAGUGACGACAUUCCGCUUGUCGUCUUCUACGUGAGAAGAAACUCUAUUUUAACACAGCCCCUCUGCUCUGCGACUGCUUCAUAUUUUUCUAAACAUAAAAAUAAAAUCAUUCGGCUCGCCACACGACUGACGCUGUCAGUGUAGCCUUCAAUAAAGCAAAAAGUUGUACUAACCUUUUAUUUAUGACAGAAGGAAGGAAAUGUUCUUCCAAAGGUACUCAGCCCUUACGGCAGAGCCCCUUGGGCGCGACGUCAAUUCAAUUCGGAAGAAGUAGUCCUUCGCCUCCCCCCCCCCCCCCAUCCCCCCAGGCAGAGAACGUAAGACGAGAAGCGAACUAACACAUCGUCGCUUGUCAUCGCGUCUUACAAUUUGUUAAGUUUGUAAAUAUAUUAUAUUAUAUAGUAAUU